AUGGAACAGCGCCUGGUGCUCGCCUCUACAUGGGGCUUUGAGCCCAUUGGUAGCCUCGGCAAUGAGGAUGGAAUGAACACAUCUUUGGAGGAUGGCUGCGAACUGAUCCCUACCUCAUCUAUUCAUAUCACCAAACUCUGGCUCUCAGCGAAUGGCGGGGUGGGAUGCUUCUCCUUCGAAUCCAGGAAACUACUGGCUAGCAUUGCCGACCUCACUUCAACCGAGAUCGCUAUGCUCGACGAUAUCAAGGGAAUCCAAGUCACGGGUACCAGUGAAGUGGAUGUAGAUGACGCCCUGGCUAAGCUUACUCGAGUUGAGAAGCCACUGGCAUGUGUUCAGCGUCCUAUCACGACCAACAUCCUUGAGUCGCCGGAGGACGAUGCGUUGCGCUAUCGUCUCGUGAAGUGCAACACCUUGAACCCGAUUGCGGAGCGUCGAGUUCUAGCAGAUCCGACUCUAGACCCACGCCUCGAUCCUGGUGACAUGUAUGUUUCAGUACAAUAUUCGAUUGACGGAGAAACUCACGCGUUGAAACUACCUCCCAAUCUGGCGAACCCACCUCGUCUUGUUUACGACCCUGGAAAAUCUCGCAUCUGGAAUGACUUCACCUUCCAGCCGCUUGGAAGUGAUGAGGGCUAUGACACGGUGUAUGAAUUGGCUGAAAGCGCUAUACCGAGAACCAAUGCGAUGACCAUAGCCGUCCCACCCUCGCUGCACCCUUACCUGACUGUUGAGAAGGCGAAGCAGGUGAACCAGUGGGUCGUAGAAGGGGCGCGAGUGGAGAAGGAUAUCCCUGAGCAGGAAUCCGUGGCUCCUGGUAUCAACCAGACUCUUAGUACUCAGGGUCCAGCCGCGACUCUCCAGGCUCCUGUUCCCAAGAUUCCAGCCCGUGCACCACGCGACGGCUCCGAAGCAACCGGGCCUCAGAGACCUGCCGGUGUGAAAGUGCGCAGGGUCGCUCCAGCCAGUAUCAAGCAGAAAGUACAGGCUGCUCCCUCGCUCCCUGAAACAAAAUCAGCUUCUACAACAACUCUUCCACCGGCUGAACCCAGAUCACCAAAACCCACAUCUUCAGAUCCGGAGGGAAACGAUCUUUCACCCCGUAGACGCUGGGUUAUGCAGUAUGAUGUCAAAAAUGGGGACCAAGACUUGCAGAGCGUCAAGAUGGAGGCUAAGGCACCUAACUCUCAGUCUCAAGCUCGGGCCCAAGCGCGGUCCUCAGAGGAUAAUCGGAGUAUGUCGUCAAAGUUCGAUUCGACCAAGUACGGUCUUGCGAGAUCAUCGCCACAACGGUCCUUCGGUAGACGAGGUAAUCCCAGUAUUCGUCCAGCCGCACUACGGAAGGUCGCCCGUCAGAAUCAAUUGAUCGAUAUCGACGUGCCAGUCAGCACAACUACCAGCACCCAAGUUGUUUCUUUCGAUCAGCCCGCACUGCUUCCCGUAGCGUCGUCACCAUGCGGCAGCAGCCCCGAUACCACAAUCGUGCUGGACAAAAACACGUCUGACCUUGUCGGGCUGACUAUUGGGGUUGGCAACCUCUUGGAUUCUAGCGAUUCGGAUUCUGGUCUGGAAGCCUCCUGGCGCAGCAGCAACCUGAUGAGUCAAGAUGAAAGGCUCAACGCUUUGCGUCAGAGCUACAAUGCAGCGGCAGUUGAAGUACUGCCUACGUCAGACGAAAUUCCCAAUGCCGCCGCCUCACGCAGUCAAGCGAAUGAGGCAUGGGUGAGGUCUAUGGUUACUGAUUUGGAGAGAGCACAGCGCUCGGAAAAGGAGUCUUCAAGCGAGGUCGGUUCCAGAGAGUUUCACAACACCCGGCACAGGGCCUUUAUAAGUGCUACCACUGCUAAAAGCAAGGCCGAGGCCAAGGCAAGAAGACAAGCGACACUAGAAGAUUCCUGGGGCAUCGGCAAGCCGAAGAAAAAGCCUGUUAGUUCGCCUGAAGGUCAGGAACCAGCUGCAAGCUUCACUGUGCAGGCCACGGUUGUGCCGAAGCCAGCUCCAGUGAAAGAUGAGAGUCUUCAACAGCAGGUGAAAAGUCUCUAUGAUGCUAUCAUUUCCAUCCUCGACUCGGCGGCGUGCUUUCCCGGGGCGAUUAACAUCGAGAUGCAAUUCGGUCUGAUUCUAGUACCCCUUCUUCCGAAGUCCUACAGAGAAAAAACCAUGACUGCAGAUGCUUGGACAAAAUUGUUUCGUCCACAGUCCGGCCUUUCGGCUCCAACCACCAAGUUCAUAAAGCGACUCACGACCUCUGGUGCCGACAUUGACCAUAUUGUGGAUAUCCGCACUUCGAAGGCCGAUGGAAAACUUCGUCUGUUUGAGCAGGAUUACACGGAUUACGGCGUGUCCUAUGAAUUCCACCUCCGCACCCGGUCCAAUCAAGUGUACAUGGUGGUCAUCGACGAAAACGGGGGGUACAGCGUUCGGAAGCCGGGGAAGAAACUGGGAGGGGUCAACUUUCACUUUCCAGCCUCUACAUGGGAUGCCAAUAUGUCGGUCAACCAAGUGAGAGGAUUUGUUGGCGAUAGCAAUCCGGACAUUGAACAGAUCGCCCAGCACCUCGCUAAGAGCAUAUGGGUCGAACCGGAUCGCAACCUCAUUUGCAUCUACACACGCCUGCCCACUGAGAUGGAGAAUAAGGUGACACUGGAGAAGGUGUACAUGAAGCGCUGGACUCGUCACCGCCAUCUGCAACACGACGAGGCUGCUGCCCGUAUCACUCGGGAGCCGGCUUCAGCUACUGUGGCUGCCAGUCCUGACAAAACCCUCGAUGAGGACGACAUCAAUCCCACUUCCAAUAUUUUCCUGCAAAUCACUGAAGUGCAAGACCUACUCUUCGGGAAACACUAUACUGAGCCAGAAGUCAAGCGAGCUCGCGCCACAGCACCAGCGGAGAUGGUGAGCAACGGCCGACUGUGGUAUGAGGUCUCCCUGGUCAGUCCUGCAAUCGACUCUCUUCUUAAUUCUAACGCCGACCUCGAAGUCGGCGAGCCCACGACUGACUGGCGCGGAAUUGACCUGUUCGGUCGCGACGCUGCUGCUUUGAUCGGUGACGCAACUGCGAACGAGGGUAAGACCGAAGACGAGACUCCCAGUGCCGUCGCCAAAGCCAUCGGCCACGCCGGUCUCGGAGAUAUGCUCCGUCUAGCGAGGACGGUGAUCCAGCGCAUCGACGCGGUAGGGUAUUGGAAUGCUCGACCCGGGAUGGACGUCCCGCUUGAGCCUCUCACUACCACCACCGCCUCGUUCUGCAGCAGUGCGCGGGCGCGUGGCGUGGUCGGCAUGUCACAUGGGGGUGAUGGCGAUGAUGACUCGCAGAGCAGUGAGGAGACUCUAGGUGUCCGGGUGGAUUCCAAGGGGGUCGUCCGGUACCCGGCCCAGGUAGAUAUCUUUUCGCCGCAGGAGUAUUGGUAGUCCGCUUUGAGCUUUCUUUUUGAAAUGCGGUAGGGGUUGUUUCUUCGGAGGGUGGCUCCGUACAUGGCAGGGGCAGUAGACUGAUUUGACGGCGAGGGCAUCUCGAUUACACAGCUGCAUGUACUGUUGGUUCCCCUGCUGUGCCAUCCGAUACCGCGCAUGCUGGCUUUUCUGCUUUGCUUCAAGUGACGGCGUUGGGUCUUUGACAGGGUCGGUGGCUAAGAAGAGGAAGUUUUCUCCCAUCAGUAAGAAGGCUGAGAACUCGAAUGGUUUGAUUCGGCACGUUGAGAGCAGGAUCUUAGGGGUUGUAAUGGCAGAGGAGAUGGGGAGUUGAAGAAGCCAGACUGUAAUUAGAAGAUCUAUCGAUGCUGGGUUUGAGGUUGUGGUUCAAUACUGUUCCUGCACUAGGUGUUGAUUGGCUUGGGUAGAUGGUAUGAGGGUGAGG